AUGGCGCGAACUACAACUGCCACUCUUUCUUCUCCUUAUUGCAUCUUCCGCCGUUCAUCCUUUUUAUCUAAGCCGUCCAUUCUUCCAAUGCGCAUUUUACCCAAAACACCCUCGCGCCCCACUUUCCCGAGGAUUUAUGCUUUGACUAGUAAUGAUAUUAAAGUGGGCAUCAACCUUGAAGUUGAUGGUGCUCCUUGGCGAAUACUAGAGUUUCUACAUGUAAAACCUGGAAAAGGGGCAGCAUUUGUGAGGACCAAAAUGCGUAAUUAUAUUACAGGAAAUACCGUCGAGAAAACUUUUCGUGCUGGAAGUACGAUUGCUGAAGCAGAUGUAUUCAAGGAGACAAAGCAGUUUACAUACAAAGAUGGUGCUCAGUUUGUUUUUAUGGACUUGAGUACUUUCGAGGAAUACCGUCUCAGUGAGGCAGAUGUCGGAAAUAAGACAAAGUGGCUAAAAGAGGGAAUGGACUGCACUUUGCUAUUUUGGAAUGGAAAAGUUAUUGAUUUUGAACUUCCAACCACAGUACAACUGACUGUUGUUGAUGUUGAUCCUGGGCUCAAAGGUGACACUGCUCAAGGUGGAACGAAACCAGCAACUCUGGACACGGGUGCUGUAGUUAAUGUUCCAUUGUUUGUUAACAUCGGUGAAGAAAUAUUGGUAGACACAAGAAAUGGGCAGUACAUUAGCCGGGCAUGA